CACACACACACACACACACACACACCUGCUAAAGGGCACUUCUUUACUCUGGAUUUCUUCAGAGAUGUAACAGAGACAGAAUGCAGCUCAUGGUUCAAGUUUCUCCCUGACACAGGGGGGAAAAGAAGACUAAAAGAUCUGUGAGGGAAAUCUAAUCUUUUUUAUUUAUUUUUUAUUUUAUUUUUUUCCUGAACUCUGAUAUGGAUCUGGAUAUGUGGCCUCUAAGAGCACUACUCCUGCUUGCCUGCUGCUCAGGCUUGUCUGCAACCGAAAGUUGCAAUAUGACAAAAGUCUAUCUCGACUCCUGCAAUUUUCACACCAGGCUCCAUUGGGAUGAAGUAAAAAUCCCAGGCAGAGAAGUUCGCUACAGUGUCAAAUACAGCAAAUAUGGAGAUCCACUCCAGAUGAUGAUUGGAUGCCAGAAUAUUUCUAAACCUUUCUGUGAUCUCAGCUCUGUGAUGAUGGACGUUCGCAAUAAAUAUUACGGCAGGAUCAUGGCUGACGGGUUAUGCCUCGGGAAAUUCGAGCAAUUUGUUCCAAUCGAAAAAACCACUCUGGAAGCGCCGGAGCGGUCCAUGAUAACAGCCGGGUUCUCUCUCACCGUAACCGUCACAACACCCAUGGGGCCUCAGAACCGCUCAAUUAGAGAGAUCAGCUGUUGGGAAAAGUGCCAGGAAGAGACAGAAUCGUCUGUUAACUACAUCGUCAAGCUCACACACCCGGAGUCUGAAGCUGGAAAGGAGUUUAAGAACACGUCUGACAUUAUUACACUGAAUCAUUUACACGUGAACACGGAGUAUUGCGGCGUCGUAUGGUAUGAGCUCACCCAUCCCUACCUAAAACGCCAGAGUGAAAACACCACCUUCUGUGUGACUUUGCCAGGUGCAUACAAGCCCUGGAUUCCUAUAUUCAUCUUAUUUGCAUUAGUGGUGCUUUUCUUCUUGAUCAUCUUGCCGUUGAUUUUGUGUCAUCAGUAUGUCACGAGAAAGAGGAAACUCCCCAAGAUGCUGCAGGUCAUGUCGAAGAACACCACUCCUGACUUCAAUCCGGAUCCUAAAGUAGAGAUAACCACCGUGAAAGUACACUCUAAACCUCCAUGGAAUACCAACAAGCCUAAACCAGCCUCAUCUGCUGUACCAGAGAAGAAAAAAGCUGGGAUUGAUGUUGUAGGUUACAUAGGCCAAGACUACCACAACCAAGACUGGCACUGUCAUUCUUACAGUAAUGAAAAGGUCGCACCAGUUAGUGACAAGAGUGCUAAAUCCUGCAUCAGUUAUAGCAUGGUGGUGAGUGUGAUUGUACCCCAGGAUCGAGAGGAGUUAUCAAGCUGUGCUAAUGACAGUGGGAUAGGAGAGUCCAUCAGCCCUGGAUUGUCAUCUUGCACAGAUGAGGAUCUAUUCCCGGUCAUAUCUCGUGCACAAUCAGAAGAAGACCUGGGCAUGAUGGAGCCAGUCUCCACCAGUGAGACUUUGGUGCUGCCAGUGUCACUUAGUGCCAACGGGAAACUGCAGUUGUCCACCUUAGCAUUCCAGCCGGUGGUUUCAAACGUAAACAAGAACUCAGAAAUCGUGCCUCUUAUGCCAAGGUCAUCGCCAGCUGGAGAAAGGACUCUUUUGCUGACAGAUCUUGUCUCCAUGGAUAAUUCAGACUGGACAGACAAUGACUCAAGGCCUAAAUACAGGAAAGCCUACCUUCCAAAUGGGGUCCCUCAGACCUUCUCAGAGUUACCUUCUUGUGAAACUAUUUCCAAAGUUCUAUUAUCUGACUCUACAUCAAACUACAGAGAAAACUGGGUACCGGGAAUCCUACCAGAUCCCCUGCCAAAUGCUACAAACUGCAUGGUAGCCAACAGUCAGCUGCAUGAGUUUGCUGAGCCAGAAGAGGACGUAGAGGAAUCACCAUCAAAACUUGAAGCAAUCUUUUUAAGUGGAUGGAUGGUGCAAAUCCAAGGAUAGUAUCAUUUUUCUUAAACAUUGGCUCUGACUCUUAGUGGAGGCUUGAAAAGAAUUGUUUAGCCAUUCACAAUCAUGCUGUUAAUGAAGAAGGAAACCUCUCACUGGGCAAAGGAUAUAUUUAAGAUGCAUAACCGGGCUUCCGGGCUCAAGGAUGAGUACCAGAUGUUGGGUAGGAAUUGGUCUUCAGGAAAGAUGAGGACUGAAAUAGCUCUUGAGCACUUGUUAAUGAGCAGAGAACAUUUCCUAUAUGCCCUGUGUCUUGUAUCUGUGGCCUUUGUAGUGGUACUCACAGUUAAGCCUGCAGGAUUACAGCAUCACACCUUUUGGUGUUUAAGAUGCUCCAGCACUUGUACCACGCUCCUCAGCUCCAGUUCAUUAGCUCAAACAGUUGAAGCAGGUGUUUUAAACUUUAGUAACACUAAGCUGUGUUGUGAAGUAACAUUUGUGAUGGAAUAGUAGAAACUGGUUCCACCAAAUACAUUGUUUAAGUUUUGCAGUUUGACUGAAAUACACUACAUGGCCAAAAGUAUAGGAACACAGACAUCAUACCCAUAUGUACUACCCAUAUGAACAUCUCCUUUUUUGCUCCUACAUCAGUCUUCUCUCUUCUCUGAAGGUUUUCUGCCCUUUCAGCUACAAGUGAGUUAAUGAGGUCAGGCACAGGGUGUGGAGUCCUGGUGCACAGUUGACAUUCCAGUUUAUUUUGAAGGUGUUCAUCGAGGUUGAAGUCAGAGCUCAGUGCAGGCCACUUGAGUUCUUUGACUCCAUUUUUUUAACAAACCAUGUCUUGUGCAUGGCAGCACUGUUGUGCUGGAACAGGUUUGGGCUUCAGCAUACAAAGACAUUUAUUUGCUUUGUGGCAAAAGUUUGGAGAAGGUCCACAUAUGGAUGUAAUGAUCAGGUGUCCACCUACCAUCAGCUACAUAGUGUAGCUCAGGUAGCAGCCGAAAUAACUUAUCUAAUUAAGUAAGAAGGUUUUAUGAGAAUGUCUUUUUGUAUUUGUUUAUUUAUUUCCUGUUUGACAAAGCAGAAGUAGUUCAUUGACUGUAAAUUAGCCCUAUGAUUCCUGGCAAAACAAUACUCAA